AUGGUGGAACAGCCUAUGGAACUUAUAAUGAUGCAGCUGAAUCCCUCAGUUAGCUCAUCCAUUCCCUCUGAACAGCCUAUGGAAGAAAAGGCUAUCACCUACAUGGACCUUGUUUUGUUCAAAGCUGCGGCGAAUGGUGACGUGGAAGCAUUUAGUGACUACCAAGUUGCUCUUGAUUGCCUGGUUGACGGAAGCCAAAACACGGUGCUUCAUAUUUACUCCAGAACCGGAGGACGCCUGGUAGUAAAAAAUGUUAGAGCGUUUCCGUGUUUUCAGAAAAGGGUAUUCGAAAGAGAAUUCUCCAUCAACUUUGUGGAGCAACUUGUCGACAAGUGCCCAUCACUGCUACUGCAACGCAAUGCCAACUGGGAAAUCCCAUUGCACAUUGGAGCAAGACAUGGGCAUUCUGGCAUAGUCAAAGUCCUUAUUGAACGCGCCAAUGUAGUGCUACAUGAAGACCCGGAGAGAGGGUUGGAUGCAACCGGGGCGAGGCAGAUGCUGAGAAUGAGGGAUGAGGAAGAAAAUACUGCUUUCCAUUUGGCCGCUCGAUAUGGCCAUCUUGAUGUGUUGCGACUAUUGGUCAAAGAAGAUCCUGAUUUUGAUUUCUCCGCUAAUACAAGCGGUGAGACUCCACUCUACUUAGCUGCCGAGGGAGGAUAUCACGGUAUGGUUACUGAGAUGUUAGAUAAUUGCAAAUCAACGGUUUAUGGCGGCCCCAAUGGUAGAACAGCUUUGCAUGCAGCAGUCCUGGCCGGAGAUGAAAAGACAGUAAGGAAACUAAUAGAGGCAAAAAUGCAACUAACGAAACAAACAGAUGACAAUGGGCGGACUCCACUCCACUAUGCUGCGCAUUUCGGUAAACGUUCAAUUGCCAAAGUUUUGUUGGAAGAAGAUGCGUCUGCUGCUUAUAUAAGUGAUAAAGAGAGAGGGAUGUCGGCUCUUCAUAUGGCAGCUUGGCAAGGCGAGAAAGGGAUAAUGGAAGAAAUUAUCUCCAAUUGUCCAGGUUGCUGCGAAAUGGUGGACAAAAGAGGCUGGAAUUUUCUUCACUUUGCUGUCGUUGCAGUAUCUCCCAAAAAACUUAAGAGAUUCUUAGUUGAUAACAAGAUUAAUGAUUUCACAAAUAGAAAUCUUUUUCAUGAAAAGAAUGUUAAUGGGUACACGCCUCUCCAUAUCUACUUAACGGGGCCUGCUCGUCAGCGCCUUGGUUGGUUUUCUCUUAAUUCUUUUCUUCUAGAUCGUGAACUUCAAGUAAGAGGAUGGAAGUCCCGGCAAUAUUUCGACCAAAUGACACGAAAGAAGAAACAUAUUCGCCAACUGUUGAAUGACAUUGGUGAUAAUGCAGAAGUGGAAGGGUUACGGGUUCACCCAAACUUCAGAGAAAAGGUAAAGGACGAGGAUGAUGUCUCCUCCAUCGAAGUUGUGGAAAAAACACGAGAGACCCAUUUACUGGUGGCAGCGCUAGUAGCAACCGUAACAUUCGCCGCAGCAUUCAACGUACCUCGUAGAUACAAGAGUGAUGAGCAAGGGGAUGCAACCUUGAGUCGUGACCCAGCUUUUAAAGCCUUCAUUAUUACAGAUACCCUUGCAUUUGUUUUCUCUCUUUUAGCGGUCCUGCUUCAUUUUCUCUUGGUAUUCCUGAAGUGGAGUCUAGUUAAUCUCCGAUAUGAGGUGAUUGGUCUGGCAGAUGUCUUAACUUUUUAUGCGAUCAUAGCAAUGGUGAUUGCUUUCAGCACAGGCAGUUACGCAGUGUUACAAUCUUCCAUGGGGUUUGCUAUCGCCACAUGUUCCCUUGGCCUCACCUUCUUUCCCGGUUUGCUCAUUGCUUCUGCCAUUUAUAAGUUCUUUAUCCGAUGA